UAUCUAUAUAAUGCACCCCACCCCGAAUCUUCGCUCGGCCGGCUUUCUGGACCGCCUUACGUUGAACCUACUACCUUACUAGUACUCAAGCGAGCCACAGAGUAUUACGCACCCAGCAAUCAGCGCAUCACUCGUACGGAUGGCCACUUCUUCGGGACACCAGCGCGCUGCCGGAGGCCAAAACCCACAUCCGCAACCACCACGGCCGGCCUACCCCAGGCAGGCCCAGGCGAAUCAGGUCUUACCUGUCGUAGCUGCCCCUCCCGCGCCGAGGAAGAGAAGGAGCCUCUCUUGGCUCUGUUGCGGAGACUACGGCCUGGCUGGCGCGAUCUUUAGCUGUCUCUCCGCUCUUAUUGCCCUGGCAGUCUGGUUGGCCGACAGGUUUAAGCCGCAGGAUGAUAGUAGUAGUAGUACUCCGUACGCAAAGGGGAUCUAUGAGGAGGAGCGCUACCAGAGCGACGUGGAGACCAAGCGACUGUGUAUCGAAUUGAAGAAGGCACAAGCCCCAUCGUCCGAUCUGGACUGCGAGCGGAUCCUCGCCUCGCCAUUUCCCACGCGUCACGAGGUCUUCGAAAGCGCACUUGGCCGGGUUCUAAGGGCCCCAGCCAGGGUCGUGUCUGGCAUGUUGACGAUCCUGACCCUGCUUCGGGACUUGGUCUUCCAAAAUUCGGUUACCGGCGUGCUUGCGAUCUGUGUACUGGCCGGGCUCGGGGCCUGGCUUUUCACUGCGAGAUCUCUGCCUCAUGCAGCCAGCCACAGCCACAGCACCAAGUCCUCCGAGUCGUUCAAACGCACACCGUCCGACAGCAAAGGUGAAAGGUCCGAACAUCACGGGCAUCAGGGUGGUCAUUCAUCCUCAGACCCCGGACCAGCUAUGACCUUCUCAGCGGAUACCGGUACCCGCGAGAGCAGGACAACGAGGGUGACCCGUCUACGAUCUCGUGCCGACCCAGCACAUGUUCCGCGGGACGAGGAUGGCGUUGCUGUCAGCGCGGGCACGAGCUCCGGCAUAUCACAGAGGCUAGCUUCGAGCACCUUGGAAACAAGACGAGCCGGGCAGUCUGAUCAGAUGCCAUCGAAGGGAUCUGCGGCGUCAAGAGUCGAUGAACAGAGACGGCGCAGUCCUGCAUCCACAUCGUCGUCGUCAUCACCAAACCAUGUUUCAACGGCAGCAUCUACCGCCGUCUCGUCAACCCCGUACCGAUCGUGGUCGGCACUGUACAACAGCGCAGGAGGGAGCGACGCAGACCACGAAUACGGAGGGCCGACGAGGCCGACCAAUUCGCUUUCGGAUAGACCGUCCGAGACAUACAGCGCCGCGUGGCCGGUGCAAGGCACAGCUCCGAGCCGCCCGGAACAGCCGGAACGGCCGCAAGAACAAAAGUGGUCCUGCUGUCAAUGUGGGAUGGUAACCCACCUACCCAGUGCACAAUGUUUGUGCUCGCAUUCUAUCUGCUCGAAUUGCAAGAUUCGGGAGGAUAUGUGAGGCGAUAUAGAAAACAUGUGAUGGGAGAAUCCCUGCCAGCUUUUACGGGGGCGAAGAAAGGAUUGGAUAUAAGCAGUGUACAGAGCAGAAUCGAUCUACUUCCAGGUUAAUAUUAUCAUAUAUAGUGCCGUUUGUUCUAUGGGCGUCCUCGUGGCGCAAGAGAUCAGACGCGCACAGUAAGAAACGUA